GGCGCCCACUCGCAGCCCUCGGCGCGUCGGAGCUUCGUGUGCUCGCGUUGCCCACUCGCCAGGCGGGCCGAGCCCGCGCUGCCUGCGCAGACUGCUCCACGCGGGAGGCCGCCAAGCCCCCACUCCGCCGUCCCACGCGGGAGCCGCCGCGAGGUGUGAUCGGAGCCCGCGGAGAGCCCGCACCCAGCUGCCCCGAAGCCCAGGCUGCCGGCCUCCCCCGGUCCUCGAGUGGGUGUGUGACCAUGAGCUGCAACCCAAGUGCCAUCCUCCCCCUGGGGCUGGCGCUGCUGGUUUGCAGCGCCCAGGGCUUCCUCCUGCUCAACGGGACUGAGCUGCAGGAGCUGCUGGGCCGGUACCGGCAGGAGGAGCCACACGUCCGUACACGCAGGGCAAUCCCCCGGGAGGAUCGAGAGGAGAUCCUGAGGCUGCACAACCAGCUUCGAGGCCAGGUGUCCCCGCCCGCCUCCAACAUGGAGCACAUGACCUGGGAUGAGGAGCUGGAGCGGUCGGCGGCAGCGUGGGCCAGGGAGUGCAUCUGGGAGCACGGGCCCACCAGCCUGCUGGUGUCCAUCGGGCAGAACCUGGCCGUGCACUGGGGCAGGUACCGCUCGCCCGGCUUCCACGUGCAGUCGUGGUACGACGAGGUGAAGGAUUACACCUACCCCUACCCCCACGAGUGCAACCCCUGGUGCCCUGAGCGGUGCUCGGGGGCCAUGUGCACCCACUACACGCAGAUUGUCUGGGCCACCACCAACAAGGUGGGCUGCGCCGUGCACACCUGCCCCCAGAUAGACGUCUGGGGUGAGAUCUGGAAGAACGCGGUCUACCUGGUCUGCAAUUAUUCCCCGAAAGGAAACUGGAUCGGAGAAGCCCCCUACAAGAGCGGCCGGCCCUGCUCCGAGUGCCCGCCCAGCUAUGGGGGGGGCUGUCGGAACAACCUGUGUUACCGAGAGGAGGCCCGCCCCACCACGCCCGAGACAGAAGACAUGAACGAGGUGGAGACGCCCUCGGCCCCUGACGAGACGCACGUCUGGGCCCAGCCCAGAGCGGUCAAGCCCACGAAGCCCCGGAAGAGCCCUCAGGUCACCUACAUGACCCAAGUUGUCCAGUGUGACACCAAGAUGAAGGACAGGUGCCAAGGCUCCACGUGUAACAGGUACCAGUGCCCGGCCGGCUGCCUGGACUCCAAGGCCAGCGUCUUUGGAACUCUGUUCUAUGAGAGCUCCUCCAGCAUCUGCCGGGCUGCCAUCCACUAUGGCGUGCUGGACGACCGCGGCGGCCUGGUGGACGUCACCAGGAACGGGAGGAAGCCCUUCUUCGUCAAGUCCCAGAGGCACGGCGUGGAUUCCCUGAGCAAAUACAAACCUUCCAGCUCAUUCACGGUGUCACAGGUGAAAGAGCAGGACCUGGACUGCUACACCACGGUGGCUCAACUCUGCCCCUUUGAGAAGCCGGCUUCCCACUGCCCGAGGGUGCGGUGUCCCCCGUACUGUGCGGACGAGCCGUCCUACUGGGCCCCUGUGUUCGGAACCAACGUCUACGCAGACACGUCCAGCAUCUGCAAGACGGCCGUGCACGCCGGCGCCAUCCAGAACGACAGUGGGGGCCACGUGGACGUGAUGCCUGUGGACAAGAAGCGCAGCUACGCGGGGUCCCUGCGGAACGGGGUGCAGUCCGAGAGCCUGAGCGCCACGCAGGACGGAAAGGCCUUCCGGAUCUUUGCAGUCAGACAGUGAUCGGCGGCGGGGACAAGGGGCGUCUGCAGCAGGGAUUCGGGGUGUUGUUUGUUCUCUUUGUCACUUGGACACGGGGAGGGAGUUUCCUGGAAUGGCUCGGUGUCGCGUCCCUCGGUGGCCUCUGGCAAGGUGCCCUCUCAUCCACCCCUCGCCGUGGAACAGCUGCGUGUCAGCAUCUGCACGUCACCGGCCCAGACCUGCAGGGUGCUCCAUGCAGGGCCCCUCCCUUAGGGCCCUGCCGUGUCCCCCGAGGGACAGUCUCCGUCCCCACGCGCUCUCUUGGGGGUAGAGGGCCAGCUCCCGCCUCUGAGGCGCACAGCACUGGGGUCUCUGGACAGGUGCUGGGCCGGCCAGAGCGGUGUGGGUGGGUCUCGGGAAGGGACAGAAAGUAGUUAUUUAACAAUAAAAAGCCGCGGUCCGACCCUGCCGGCGGAGGAAAAGGGCUUCCUGUUUGCUGGUCAGACAAACGGCUGGAGGAGAGGCCGGGCGCACCUCCUGCUCCCUACUCAGCAGUGCUGGUUUCUUUAGGGUUCAGCAGCCGCCCCGGGGCGGUCUUGUCUUUGCUGCCCUCUUCAUCCUGUGGCCUCUGUUUCCCGCUGUGACCUUUGGUCUCAUCGAGGACCGAUGCAUGUGGGUCUCUUCUGCCUCCUCCCGGCCGGCCCUGGUGGCCGGGGCUCUGUUCACAGCCCACUCAGUCUCCCGUCCGGCCCUGGUGGUCCCGGGAAGGCGGCUGAGAAAUCUCCAAGGGGGACCACAGGCGGCUGCCCAGGCUGGGUGAGCUGGUACUCAGCGGAGGGAGGAGCGGGCCCUGCGCGUCCUGCCCAGCGCAGGCUGCUGUGUCCUGGUGCGGGUGGCCGCCGAGGUGGCCGCGCUGGAGGAGCUCUUUCCGCUUUGUGGCCCGGCUCCAGCAGCAACGUGCGCUCCGCCUCCACCAGCCUCCGGGAGCCGGCCAAGACCCGGCGGAAGCUGCGCCCUCUGAGCUCGCCUGCCGCACGAGGUUGGAUGUCGCCCUGCCGCGCCACCUCACCGAGCCUGCCGGUGUCAAGAGUGCUAGUGUCACCAGGGAAGGAACUAAAGCCAGAAACCAGGCGGGUCCAGGCGGCGCCUUGGUCCUUUGGUGCCCCAUCCUCACACACCUGAGGAUUAAUCGCGUUUCCAGAAACAACCGUCCGCAGGGUCUGUCCAGAACACCCGUCGGUCACCGGAGCUGGGCGCAGCGGGACGGCGGUGUUGCUGUGUGCCUCGCAGUCUGUGGACCCGCACGGGCAGGCACCUCGUUGCCUUGGGGUGCAGCGCUCAGGUCCCGGAGCACCCACCCCAGGCCACCCAGAGUUCCAGCGUGGCGGGCACCAUCGCUUCCGAGUCCCCGUCCUCCCUGUCUCCUUCGCUGUCCUCUGCCCGGGAGGCAGGGGACAAGCCAGGGCCGGGCCCUGCGGCUGAGUCCACCCUUGUAACAUUUGAAACUGGAACCAGUUUCCCCCUGGAAGGCGCUGAGUGGGCGCCUAGGAUCAGCCUCUGUGACAGGGCCACCGCGCUCUGCGCCCGUCUGGCGGCGUCCCCUCCCCGGGGAAGUCCUGGUGGCUUUGGGUUUUGCCUUUGUGCGGGGAAGGGGCUCGGAUUCUUCAGUUACCUGUAGGCUCUCUCGGCCCGCAGUUUCAUGUGUGUGCUUUUUUCUAUGAAAAAUGAUGUAUUUUCCUAACCCAUGUACAAAGUUUACUGUGUUUUUUGUGCUUUGUGCCGACAGGGCCGUGCGGGCUGUGGCUAAGGUUCAAUAAAACUGGUGGGUUCCUCGGA